GUGUUGGCAAACUGAUUAGUGAGGAGAAGCUGGACACGGGAGCCCUACAGUUGCCAGUUGUACACAAGUACAUCCUUGCCAUGGGCGGCUACUUGGUUCUGCUGCUGGUGUUUGUAUGUUUUUGUCUACCAGUGGUGGGGGUGACUACGGCGGGCUGGUACUUAUCUUACUGGUUGGAGCAAGGGGGAGGGGGCAACUUGACUGUACCCAGCACCCGGGUUAUAGAUCAUCCGGACUUAGAGUUGUACAUGUUGAUCUAUGCUGCAUUUAUUCCAGUAUUAAUUAUAACCACUUUGUUACGAUCUUUCUCUCUUAUGAAGGCAACACUAAGAGCAUCCAGUCAUCUCCAUAAUACUGGAUUUAUGCAGAUUCUACGAAGUCCUAUGUCAUUUUUUGAUGCAACUCCAGUUGGUAGAAUUGUCAACAGAUUCUCAGCAGAUCUCGACGAGAUUGACGUCCGUCUUCCAAUGAAUGUGGAAGUGUUUCUAACCAACGUCUUACAAGUUAUAGCAUCCUUGGCCAUGAUUGGAUAUGUGUCGCCAUGGUUUUUGUUGGCUUCUAUACCCCUUGGUGUUUUGUUCUUUUUCCUCAUGAUUAUUUUCCACGUCUGCAUCCGGCAACUCAAAUGUCUGGAUAACAUCACACGGUCACCAGUUAUAUCUCAUAUAGGAAUGUCAGUCCAAGGUUUGGCAUGCAUUUAUGCCUAUCGUAAAACUGGAGAAUUUAUCAGGAAGCACUGUGGGCUGCUGAAUGCAAACUCAGUGGCUGUUUUCCUGUUUUAUGCAGCCAACCGGUGGUUGGCCUUACGGUUAGACCUGGUCAGUGCUGGAGUUGGUUUUCUCACAGCACUACUUAUUGUGCUCACCUACGACCACCUGAAUCCUGCUCUUGCUGGCCUAGCACUGUCAUACUCUGUACAGAUGUCAGGAUUGUUCCAGUUUACAGCGCGGCUGGCAGUAGAAACUGAGGCUCGCUUUACCUCAGUGCAAAGGAUACUAGAAUAUUGUGAUAUAAGUGAAAAAGAGAUGUCUGUCCCAGUGACAAAUAACCAGCUAGUCAAGGACUGGCCAAGGGCAGGGGCCAUUAAUUUCACUGGUGUUAGACUACGUUACAAGAGUGGUGGGCCCUUAGCAUUGAAAGACGUUACAUUUAAUGUUGAAUCUCAUGAAAAAAUUGGCAUUGUGGGCAGAACUGGAGCAGGAAAGUCAUCUCUCACAGUAGCUUUGUUCCGGCUGAGAGAGCUGGAGGCUGGAAAGAUAUUAGUGGAUGAUGUUGACAUAUCCAAAGUGUCUUUGGAUGAACUGAGGUCAAGGCUGUCUGUAAUUCCUCAGGAUCCAGUGCUUUUUGCAGGAAAUCUGAGAUACAACCUUGACCCAUUCCAACAAUACUCGGAUGCAGAUGUAUGGCAGGCACUGGAAAAAUGCCAUAUCGCCAACAUGGUGAAGUCUCUGGCACACCAGCUGGACACCAGUGUGGUGGAGAAUGGUGAUAACUUCUCCGUAGGAGAGCGACAGCUGAUCUGCAUGGCCAGAGCUCUUCUAAGAAAUAGCAGAAUUUUGGUAUUAGAUGAGGCCACAGCUGCCAUUGACUCAGAGACUGAUGCCCUCAUCCAGCAGACGCUGAAAGAAGCUUUUUCCGAAUGCACCAUGCUUAUCAUUGCCCAUCGAAUUAACACUGUUAUAGGAUGCAACAAGAUUUUAGUCAUGGAGGAAGGAAUGAUCAAAGAGUUUGAUAUACCAGCUAGUCUUUUGUCAAAUCCUCUCUCAAAGUUCAAGUCCAUGUAUGAUGCAGAUAUUUCAACAAAAUCAUGA